GAGACAAUCAACUAACUAUAGGUAAAUAGGUAAAUUAUUAGCGUUUGCUGUCAACCAGACUACGAGCUCUCUCACAUCCUUAUCCAGCUAUGGUUAUAGUGUUCUGUACUGUCUUUAGAUUGUCUAUCAUCAGCAUCGUAUAUCUUUCAGCCAGCCUUACUUAUCAUAGACAUCAUGUCCCAGGACAAUGGCGGCCAAGCUCUACCGCAUAUCUUCCCUUAUUUCUGGCUGCCAGCAAUAGAAGAACGACAUAACGUCUGAACUGCAAGACACGAGAGAGUAAUUCAUACUACCAGGAGUCUCCAG